AUGGCCUCAAACAAGGAUAUGCGAAGGGCUGAUCUGGCGAUCCCCUACGUCGAGCCGCCGAAGAGCAGCAGCGAUGCCGACAUCUCCAGCACCAUGUCGAGCACCAUGCCGAUGGCUGCGAUGUUCACGCGCAACAGAAUGAUUGGAUGGGUGUCCUUUGUCUUCUCCCUCCAGUCCUGGCUCGGAGAAUCCGAGGACCAGAAGAAGACCGCCUCUACUCCGGCCUACAUGACACCCCUAGUGAUGGCCCUCGUUGUCACCUACUUCCCUCUCUUCAUGCCUCCUCAGGUCGCCAAGGGUGCCACCGCUGCUGGACCCCCCGCGCCCUCGCCGUGA